AUUUUUCCGCUGGUGUCGCAGUCGCGGAGAUUACUCAAGCACGGCAGCCUCACCGAGAUGGAGUACACUUCCAGCGCCCACUCGCGGCGGAAAGGCACCACUCGCGCCGUCUACCUCCACCUCUUCAACGACUGCAUCCUGUUGUCCCGACAAAGAGAGAACGGGAGGUUCACAGUAUUUGACCACAGCAUUGCCCAGAACCUCGUUGUGGAGAACAUUCGAAUGAAACCGUCCGUGGAGGCGAAAUUCCUCUUCCGGCUCUGUCUCCAGGAGAAUCACCGCGGCCAGUACCAGGAAUUCGUCCUCAGGGCUUCCAGUCUAAGUCAAAAAUUGCGUUGGAUUUCCGCGCUGCUCCCAAUGAAGGAGGACAUCGACCUCACGCAACACUACAAUUCCAAGCAGGUUCAGUGUCUUAAGCCCUACAAGGCCAGGGAACAUGACGAGCUGCACCUCCAGAAAGCAGACAUCCUCGUUCUCACUCAGGAGUGCUCUGACGGCUGGGAGGAAGGCUACCGGCUCUCGGACGGGGACCGCGGCUGGUUCCCCUCUUCGCACGUGGAGGUGAUCACCAGCCGCCGCUCCCGGCUCUGCAACAUCGAGGAGCGCCUACGUCUCAGCCACAAGUCCUCGAGGUCCUCCGAGCACUGAACGCCGACCCUCGGACCCUUCUCCGAGGCCGCCACCCACCCCCCCACACCCCCGCCCCCGGUCAAACUGAGCACCAGGAUCCACACCAGGACUGGCUCCCAAGCACCGCCAGGCUCACAGACUCCCGGGAAAAAAAAAAAAUCGAAGCCCAGGAUGCGUCCCCGGCCUGUUUUCCAGUCUCCUGAGGCCCGGAAGAACGUGAACAAAUCAAAGUCCAGGCUCCGAGACCGGCCCUGUUCCAGCAGCCUCAGCCCUGUUGGCCUGUCAACCCCCUGCCUAGUCUUCCCGGCUGCGGAGGUCGAGGACUCCCAGAAGAAUUGAGCCCCAGGCUCGAAACCUGGCCUACCUCCGAAAUGCUAAGGCCCAAGGACUCCCGGAGAAGUUGAAGCCUGGCCAUCCUGGUUUCCAUUCCCCUCAGAUCAAGGACACGUGCAGAAACUGAGGCCCAGGCUGCUAACCCCAGCCGAGUGUUCAGAUUGCUGGGACACAGACGAACCGAGGACAAGGCUCCAGGGCCGCCCUGAUUCCAACAACUCUAGGCCCACGGACUUCCAGAGAAACGCCAGGGCCCCCCGGCUCCGCAUGCCACCGUGCGUCCGGGCCUGGGGGUCGUGGACGAAGCGAGGCCCAGGGCGCGUACACCGCCCAGUUUACAGUCUGCUCAGGCCCAUGGACACGGAGGAAUUGAGCCCCCAGGAUCCAAACCCGGCCUGGCCCCCAGCACACGAGACCAACGGACCCCACGGACAAAUCGAGGCGCAGGAUGCGAACCGGGCCUAGUUUCCAGGCUCCAGCCAGCCACGGGCCCAGCACCAGAGGCAGGAUCCCCGGGGACCAAAACCCUUCGGGCCAGAGACCCUAUUGAUGGGGCCGGUGCUGCCCCCAUCUCCAUGGAGGAUUCAGAAAAUUAAAAAAAUACUGGGGUUUCUUGCAGUGAAUGUGAAUUUGCC